AUGUCAGACCUGAUUAGACGUCGUAGGGCGGUGAUGACUACACAAAGUUCGGAGCCCCCGGCUCAGCCGGCAUCUACUGCCACUGCGCCGGCACUGAUGGACUACUUAGCAGUUGGUCUCGUGGGGUCCCAGGCGCCUGCUUCAUCGGCUUCAUCGGUGGCGCAGCCUGUUUGCGCUAGGCGGCGUCAUCGUUCCACCAGCACCACUGACACCACAUCGACUGAUGCGUCGGGGUCAUAG